CAUCGUCCAGCCGACACAGGUGAAGGAAGACGGGGCUCCGAGGACCGUGGACACCUGGGGAAAGGAGAAACCGCUGCUCCGGACAGCCGCAAAACCUCCACCAUGUUCGAGGCUCUGGUCAGCGAUCUCCUGAACCGGUUUAUCGGGGAUUACGUGGAGAAUUUGGACAAAUCGCAGCUCAAGAUAGGAAUCUGGGGAGGAAAUGUGGUGUUGGAAAACCUGAAAGUAAAAGAAAAUGCCCUGAGUGAGUUCGACGUCCCCUUCAGAAUUAAAGCUGGACAGAUCACUAAAUUAACCUUGAAGAUCCCAUGGAAGAACCUGUACAGUGAGGCUGUGGUGGCGACACUGGAGGGUCUCUAUCUGCUGGUGGUCCCUGGGUCAACGAUAAAGUAUGAUGCAGCGAAGGAGGAGAAGUACCAACAGGAGCUCAAGCAGAGGGAGCUGCAGAGGAUCGAAGAUGCUUUGCAAAUGGCCACCCGCCGAGAAAAAGCUGCGGACGAGAAGAAGGACACGUUUGUGGAAAAACUGGCCACUCAGGUGAUCAAGAACCUGCAGGUGAAGAUCAGCAGCAUCCACCUGCGCUACGAGGACGACGUCUCUGACCCAGAGCGCCCUGUGUCUAUGGGAGUCACACUGUCAGAGCUCAGCCUGCAGACGACAGAUGAGAACUGGAAAGCAUGCAUCCUGAAUGAGGCGGCCAAAAUCAGCUACAAGCUGGGAAGUCUAGAGUGUCUCUGCGCCUACUGGAACGUUCACAGCGUCAUGUUUUACAAAGGGUCUUGGGAGGACAUCAUUGAGCUGUUGAAAUCUGGAAUCAGCACUAAAACAAAGGAGCAGCCUUACUAUCAGUACAUUUUUAAGCCGAUCUUUGCCUCGGCUAAAAUGUGCAUAAACCCGAACGCAGAGGUGGAGCUGAAGAUGCCCAAAGCUCAGCUGCAGCUUGAGGUUCAGAACAUCGCCAUAGAGAUAACCAAGCCUCAGUACUUGGCUAUGGUGGAUGUGUUGGAGUCCAUUGAUUCUAUGGUGAAGAAUGCUCCCUACAGGAAGUUCAGGCCUGAGGUCCCAGUCCACACAAAUGCUGCUGUUUGGUGGAAAUAUGCCUUUAACAGCAUCAUGGAGGUCCACGUCAGACGCUGCAGUAAAAUGUGGUCAUGGUACAGUAUCAAGCAGCACCGCGAGACUCUGAAAGCCUACAGGAAUGCAUACAAGACCAAGCUCCUGAACACCAGCAAGACCAGCCAAGAAAUCGAGCAAAAUAUACAGGAUUUGGAAAAAGUCUUGGAUGUCUUCAACAUAACUUUAAUUCGUCAACAAGCUAAAAUGGAGGUGAUCCGCUCAGGACAGAAGUUGGUGGCGAAGAAGUCUGCAGGGCAGAAACAGGGCUGGUUUGGAGGAUGGUUUGGGAAAAAGGCUAAAAAAGACGAACAGGAGCAGGAGGAAAGCAAAGAGACUGAGGUGUCUGGUUUGGAUGACAUCAUGACCGCUGAAGAGAAGCAUAAACUCUACACAGCCAUUGGAUACAGUGGCAGCUCCCACAACCUGGCUCUGCCCAAAGAGUAUGUGGCUGUCGUGGUGCGUUUCCAGCUGCUGCGUACCUCAGUGACCAUCAGAGAAAAGCCUGAAAUUCCCGAAAUCCUCAAAGUCCAGAUCAUCGACCUGAGCACCAAGAUCUCCCAGAGACCAGGCGCCCAGGCCAUCAGGUUGGAGGCAGCUCUUCAGCACUGGUAUGUGACAGGUUUACAACAACAGGGGGCAAUACCUUCCCUCAUCACCUCUAUGGGUGACUCCAGCUCCUCUCUGCUUAAUGUGGCGUUUGAGAUUAACCCAGAGGAGAGCACAGCCGACCAGCUGCUCAGAGUCCACUCCCAACCUGUGGAAAUCAUCUAUGAUGCGCUGACAGUAAACAGUUUGGUGGACUUCUUCAAGACUGGAAAAGGAGUGGAUCUGGAGGUUCUGACUUCUGCCACUUUGUCCAAACUGGAGGAAAUCAAAGAGAAAACUGCAUCAGGUUUAUCUCACAUCAUCGAAACCAGGAAAGUUUUUGACCUGAAGAUCGACCUAAAGCCGUCCUAUUUACUGCUGCCAAAAUCAGGUUUCUACAGCAACACAUCGGACCUCAUCAUCGUGGACUUUGGAAGCUUAAAAUUGAACAGUGUGGACCAGAGUGUGCUCAGCCCCUCCCCCUCCUCUUCUCUGGAGGAGAUCAUGGACAGAGCCUACGAGAGGUUCGGUGUCCAGCUGCGCAAAGUGCAAGUGCUCUACAGCAAAUCCGGUGAGGCGUGGAGGGCGGCGCGUCAGCAGAGCUCCUCAGUGCAGCACAUUCUGCAGCCCAUGGACUUCAGUCUACAGCUGGCCAAAAGCAUGGUGGACAACGACGCCCGCAUGGCCAAGUUUAAGGUUUCAGGAGAACUGCCUCUGCUCCAUGUGAAGAUUUCAGACCAAAAGAUCCAGAGUCUGUUUGACCUUGUGGACAGCAUCCCCCUGCCAAACAUGGGCUCUGCUGCCUCCACGCCCACUGACAAGGUCCUGUCUUUGGCCGAGUCCAGACCCAGAGCACUGAAUCUUCAGAGUGCCCUUCUCCCAGCCAUAGAAACAGACUCAGAGGAGGACAUCAAUGAAAAGUCUCAGGACGAGGAGCAUCAGCACGUCUCAGAGGAGCUCACAGAAGUACAGUUCAAAUUCGAAGUCAAAGAGGUAUUAUUGGAGCUCACUCAGCAGGCCGAUCAGGAGAAGACCAUCUUGUUACUGAGCGUCUGUCAACUUGGAGCAGAGGGACGAAAACGUAGCUACGACCUCAGCACCAUAGCGUAUUUAAACAAAGUCAUGCUGGACUACUGCGAUGUGCCAGCUGGCACAAAACCUCUUCACCUCAUGAGGUCAUCAGAACAACAUGGGUGCAACCUGCUCAAAGUGGAGUACACCAGGGCCGACCCCUGCGGCCCCAGCUUCCAGACACAGUUUGCAAACACAGAACAAACUCUAAAGGUGGAGUUCUCUGCUCUGGACUUCCUGCUCCACACCAAAGCUCUUCUGUCCACAGUGAACUUCAUGCAAAGCGCCAUCCCCUCGAAACUCCGAGCGUCAUCAGAACGAGACGCCAAAAAGCAGGUGGAGAAGACUACACAGGGCAAGACUGUGUCCAAAAGUGCCAAAGAUGCAGAUAUCUUCAGGUUUAAGGUAUUUGCAAUGUUGGGCUGUUUCCAUGUGGAGGUGUGUGAUGACCGCAAGAGCAUCGCCGACAUCAGAGUACAAGGUAUACACGCUUCAGUCCUGGUGCAGGCAAAACAGACUGAAGUGUUUGCUCGUCUCAGAGACAUUGUGGUCACAGACGUCAGCCCAGACACCAUCCACAGAAAGGCGGUGUCUAUAAUGGGAGAAGAGGUGUUUAGUUUUAAGCUAUCCCUGUUUCCUGAAGCGACGAAGGGCGAAGGCUACAGCGACAUCAACAAAGUGGAUGGCAAAGUGACUUUACGUUUGGGCUGCAUCCAGAUCAUCUACCUGCACAAGUUCCUCAUGUCCAUGCUGAUGUUUAUAGACAACUUCCAGACGGCGAAAGAGGCUCUGAGCCAGGCCACAGUGCAAGCUGCAGAGAAGGCCGCCUCCAGUGUGAGGGACUUUGCUCAGAAGAGUUUCCGUCUCUCCAUGGACAUCAGGCUGAAGGCGCCGCUCAUCAUCAUCCCCCAGGACUCCAAUUCCCAUGAUGCACUGGUGAUGGACUUGGGUCUCAUUACUGUAGGCAAUAGCUUCUCCCUACAGCAGGUGGAGGGGGUGGAGCUGCCUGCAGUGGUGGAGAAGAUGGAGGUCAAGCUCAGCCAACUCAAACUCUCCAGAUUAACUCAAAAACAGACGGUUCCUGAUCUGCAGAUGCUUCAGCCGAUCAGUUUUGAGCUGCUGGUCACCAGAAACCUCUGCGCCUCCUGGUUCAGCAAGAUCCCAGGUAUCCAGGUUGAAGGAGUCCUGCACUCACUCAAUAUGAGUUUGGGGGAGGAGGACCUAAGCCUGCUCAUGAAGAUCCUGGUGCACAACAUUGGUGAAGGCAGCAAAGUGCAGAGGCAUCUCACUCAGGACAAAGAAUCAGAUGUCCCGGAGCAGCAGCAGGAGGUGUCUGUCCCCUGGUCUCCUGAACUCACUGCAGUGCAACAGGCUGAACUGGAGAAAGCCAUCAACAUCCUGCUCAAGUUUGAGAUUAAAGAGAUGAAGUUGACUCUUAAAAAGCCCAAAAAUCUCGUGGAAACCCCGUUCUUGGUGCUUCAUGCGGCUCAGCUCGGCAUCGACACCAAAGUCAGAAAAUACGACACAUGUGCCACAGUUUAUAUCAGAGAAAUCACCGUGAACUGCCUCGAAUUCAAAGAUGCAAAUGGAGAGGACCUGUGUCUCAUCAGAUCAUCAGUGGAGACUGGGGCAGAACUACUCAAAGUUCAAUAUUUUAAGGCUGAUCGCAAUGGGCCAAACUUUUCCACAGUCUUCAAGAACACAGAGCAAAUGAUCAAUGUGAUGUUCACGUCCCUGGACCUGGUUCUUCACACUGAGGCUCUGCUCUCCUCCAUUAACUUCCUGUCUGCAGUGAUGGCACCAAGGACUUCACCUUCUGCCACGAGAGAGACAAGGAUCAAAGCUGAAGAUAAGACUAUAUCCACCAAGUCCACCGCCCUGGUGUCUCCUGUCGAUAAUGUGAUUGACCUGAAGUUGAUGGCGACACUCGGAGCUUUUAACGUUUUGGUUUGUGACCAGAAAAGCAGCAUGGCUGACAUCAAGAUCCAAGGUAUAAACGGCUCCAUGCUGGUGCAGGGGCCUCAGACGCACAUCUCAGCUCGACUCAAAGACUUCAUUGUGUUAAACGUAGACCCAAAGUGCAUUCAUAAGAAGGCGAUCUCUAUAGUGGGGGACGAGGUGUUCAGUUUCUCCAUGUCCCUGACUCCAAACGCCACAGAAGGAGCAAAUUACGCAGACACCUCCAAAAGCGACGGAAAAGUGAAACUCAAUGUGGGCUGUGUCCAAGUGGUCUAUCUGCACAAGUUCAUCAUGUCUCUGCUGAACUUCACCAAUAACUUCCAGAUGGCUAAAGAGGCUCUGAGCCAGGCCACAGUGCAAGCUGCAGAGAAGGCCGCCUCCAGUGUGAGGGACUUUGCUGAGAAGAGUUUCCGUCUCUCCAUGGACAUCAGGCUGAAGGCUCCGCUCAUCAUCAUCCCCCAGGAUUCCAAUUCCCAUGAUGCACUGGUGAUGGACCUGGGCCUCAUCACAGUUGGCAACAGCUUUUCCCUGCAGCAGGUGGAGGGCUGCCCACUACCUGCUGUUAUAGACAACAUGGAUGUGCAGCUUUCACAACUCAAGCUCUCCAGGGCCAGUGUGGGUCUGCAGUCUGAGGGGCUCAAUGUGGAGCUGUUGGAGGCGGUGAAUCUUCAGCUGAAGAUCAGGAGGAACCUGGCUCCAGCCUGGAACACCAAGAUGGCUGCCGUGGAGAUCGAGGGAGACAUGAAACCCAUGAAGGUGGAGUUGAGCCAGUCUGACCUCAAAGUGCUGCUGAGGAUUCUGACAGAAAACUUGGGAGAGGCCAGCCACAUGGAGAGCUCUGUCCCCAAACAAGAGAGCGCCAUCCAGCUCAGAGCCCCAUCUACAGAAAAUGGUGAAAAACCCUGUGUCUCCAGUCCUGAGGAGGAAGAGGGAUCUGUAGAGACACUCAAAUUCAACUUCAACAUUGAGUCACUUGGUCUGGUUCUGUACAAUAAUGACUCAAAAAAGCCCUCAGCCCUGGAGCACCAGAAGAGUCUGUGUCUGGGUCAGUUUGCCCUUCUUCAGCUUAGAGCCUCUGGGACAGUCCUGAAGAAUGGGAAUAUGGAGCUGAAGACUGUGCUCACCUCCUGCUCUCUGGACGACCUGAGAGACAACAUGGACCGGGUCACGUCACGGAUGUUGGGCAGGCGUGACGAGGGCAGUAUGGAGCCCAUGAUCGACCUGACUCUUCGGAGGAGCGGUCAGGAGCAAGAGCUGGUGGCGGAGCUCCAUAAGAUGAGCCUCUGUGCCAGUGUGGAGUUCCUCAUGGCUGUGGCCGAGUUCUUUGUCAAGGCAUUUCCUGAAACACAGAGCCGACCCCAGAGCUCAGCACAGGGAGCGAGGCUACCACUGAGACAGACCACGGGUGCGGCCAGUGGAGACAAGACCGCCUCUCAGCUGCGUCUGCGUGCAGUGGUGGUGGACCCAGAAGUGGUGUUUGUGGCCAGUUUGAUGAAGGCUGAUGCUCCGGCUCUGGUGGUCUCCUUUCAGUGCGACUGUUCUGUUCAGACCACAGCAGAGGGAGGGCAGAGCAUGAGCGCAUGGCUGAAAGAGCUCCGUGUCCUGGCCUGUCCAUUUAUCAGGGGAAAAGACGACACUUCCGUCACUACGGUGUUGCGGCCCUGCUCUGUGGUGCUGGAAACUGAGACUCACCCAAAUAAACCGCUGAGUGGCUCAGUGACAGUGGAGGAGGUCAUCGUCAAGAUCUCCCCGGUGAUCCUGAACACAGUGAUGACCAUAACCUCUGCCAUGACCUCAGUUAAACCCCAGGCUCAGUUGAACCAGGAGAGUAAGCCUGACGUGACAGAUCUUUGGUCGGUGAUGGAUAUCUACAGCAGUAACCUGUGGUUUCUGGGCGUGGACCAGGCCACUGAGGUCACCGAGAGCUUCAAGGAGAGCGACGGGAGCAAUGAGGGAGAGAGGUUCAGAGCAGAGGUCAAGGUGGUGCAGGUGACUCUAGAGUCGGGUUUGGGACACAGGACUGUCCCUCUGCUGUUGGCUGAGUCCUCCUUCAGUGGACACGCCCAAAACUGGUCCUCUCUGCUCCAUCUGACCGGUGAUAUGACUCUGGAAGUGAAUUACUUCAAUGAGGUUCAUGCUGUGUGGGAGCCUCUGAUAGAGAGAGUGGACAGCGGCGCUCGGAGAUGGAGCCUGGCUCUGGAGAUGAAGAAUAACCCGGUGCAGGACAGGAGCCCGGUUCAUGGGGAUGACUUUGUGAUUCUGCCAGAGCCUCGGACAGCAGUGACCAUCUGCUCCAAGGACACUAUGAACAUCACACUGUCCCAGAGCUGCCUCCAGGUCCUCAACAACUUGGCUAAGGAAUUUUCAGAGGGCACAGCAUCCACAUUUGACUAUACUCUCAAAGAAAAGCCCCCUUUCACCAUCAAGAACCAUCUGGGCAUCCCUCUGAUUGUGCAGCACAGCGCCAAUCUGAGGCCAGUGGGGGCAGUGCAGCAGGGGAAACUCCAUGAACUAUCGGUGGAUCAGAGCAUGGACCUGGACUAUUCCACGUUUGAGCCACUGUCCAGAGGAAAACUGUCAGCUCUGCAGAGACAAGAGAGCUGCCUAUUCAACCUCAGCAUCGUGCCAUCUGGUUUCAGUGAAAUCUCAAACCUCUCCAUGGACAGGCCUGGGAGGCGUCUCUAUAACAUUCGUGGUCCGGCGCUCCAGGAAGCGGUGUCCGUGCUUCUGCAGAUCGAUGCCGCAGAGGGAAACAAGGUCAUCACUGUGAGAGCGCCCCUGCAGAUCAGAAACCAUUUCUCGGUCCCAUUCACCGUCCUGAAGUAUUGUCCCUCAUCCAGAGACAUGCAGCCGCUGGGACAGGCUGAACCAGAGAAGGAGUUCCACAUCCCCCUAGAGGCAUACAGAUCUCAAUUGUUUCUUCGCCCGGCUGGACCCAUGGAGCAGCAUUAUGGCCCUUCCCUCAGCUGUAUGUCCUGGAAAGAACAGGUCCACCGCAGUUCAGAGGUGUCCUCUCAGCUGCAGUGCCCGUCUUUAGACAGUGGGUUGCUUCCUUUGAUGGUGAACACUUUGGCGAUUCCAGACGAGCUUCGACACAUCGCAAAUCACGGAGAGAUGGAGUGGGACCCGGCCUACGUCAUCCACUUGCACCCUGUAGCCACACUCAGGAACCUGCUGCCCUACACUGUGCGCUACCUAUUGGAGAGUUGUGCAGACUCCUUCGAGCUCCCAGAGGGCAGUACGUCUGACCUGUUGAAUGCUCGUAUUGCGGGGGAGAUGAUGUCGCUGGUAAUGAAGAGGUACCAGGGCCGGGACUGGCAUGGACACCUGAGGAUCCAACCAGACCUGUCUGAGUUUUUGUCUGUGACCCUUGUUUGCGACUCCGACCCCAACAUGAGCAUCGACGUCAGCGUUCAUGUGUCCCGCUCCUCCAGCCGUCUGCUCCUCUCUCUCUUCAGCCCAUACUGGAUCAUAAAUAAAACCUCUAGAGUGCUGCAGUACAGAGCAGAGGACGUCAGCGUCAAACACCCAGCAGAUUACAGAGACAUCAUACUGUUCUCAUUUAAGAAGAAGAAUCUGUUUAGUAAAAGCAAGCUGCAGCUCCGUAUUUCCACGAGCUCCUGGUCUGAGCCGUUCUCUCUGGACACAGUAGGAAGCUACGGCUGCGUGCGCUGUCCUGCCAACAACAUGGACUUUCUGGUUGGUGUUGCAAUCCAGAUGAGCAGUUUUAACCUGACCAGAAUUGUGAGCAUGAGUCCCUUUUUCACUGUGGUCAAUAAGACGUCCUACGAGCUGGAGGUGGGAGAGAUCAUCAGCCCCCAGUCUGUGCGCUGGCACUACAUGGCCUCUGCUGAGUGUGUGCCUCUGUGGCCGGAGAAGCCUUCAGGGCAGCUCUGUCUGAGAGUGGUGGGCUCAGAUUCAGCCUCCAGACCGUUUUUCUUCAACAAACAGGACAGUGGCACUCUACUCAAACUGGACAUGUGUGGAGGGACCAUAGUAGAGGUCACCAUCGCAGACCACUCCACAGUGAUCAGCUUCAGCGAUUAUUAUGAAGGAUCUGCUCCAGCUCUGAUCAUCAACCACACACCCAGGGCUCACAUCAGCUACAGACAGAGUGGUUCGGGAGAGGAGCACCAGCUGAACCCUGGAGAGGCUCAGAGGUUUGUGUGGGACAACCCGGCUAUCACUCGCACUCUGAGCUGGAGACACGGGGAGACCAGGGGAGAACUGGACCUGCUCAAGGAUGAGGUGGGCCAGUUCUCAUUCGACAGCUUGACUCAGAUUCACUGGGUGAGUUUUCUGGACGGGCGUCAGAGAGUUCUGCUCUUCACCGAGGACCUGGCUGUAGUUACCAAAGCUCGCCAGGCAGAGGAGCUAGAGCAGUUUGAACAGGAAGUGAAGAUUUCUCUCCAAAACCUGGGUCUCUCAUUGGUCAACAACUCCAGUCGACAGGAGAUUGCCUACAUCGGAAUUCCCAGUUCUGGAGUGGUUUGGGAGAUGAAGCCGAAGAACCGGUGGAAGCCGUUCAGUCAGAAGAACAUAAACCUUCUGGAGAAGACGUACCAGAGUCAGCUCAGUGGGAAGAGUGACACGGGCUGGGUCAAACUGGAGGGAAAUAUGGAGGUGAACUUGAGUGGCACAAACAUGAUGAUGCGUCAGCCCGUCAAUUGUCCGAUUCGGAGGAACUUCCUGUCUGGGAUCCAGGUGGAGUUUAAGAAGUCUGAGCAUCAGCGCAGCCUCCGCGCUCAGCUGCACUGGCUACAGGUGGACAACCAGCUGCCUGGAGCCAUCUUCCCCAUUGUCUUCCAUCCUGUGCCACCACCAAAGUCUAUCGCUCUAGAUUCAGAACCAAAGCCUUUUAUCGAUGUGUCAAUAAUCACCAGAUUUAACCAGCACAGCAACGUCAUGCAGUUCAAGUAUUUCAUGGCCUUAGUUCAGGAGAUGGCAGUGAAAAUGGACCAGGGUUUCCUCUCUGCCAUCUUGGCUCUGUUCACUCCUGCUGCAGACCCUCAGGCUGACAAACAGAAAUCUAAGUUGAUAGAGAAGGACCUUCAGAUGCUGCAGCCUGAGCUCAUGGAGGCUUCUCUCACUGACAUCACUGGACUCAGCUUCUUUGAACACUUCCACAUUUCACCCAUCAAGCUGCACCUGAGCCUGUCCCUUGGGUCCAGUGGAGAUGACCCCUCUCAGGAGGUGGCUGCAGUUCAAUCGUUAAACCUGUUGCUCAAAAGUAUAGGAGCCACUCUCACCGACGUGGACGACAUCAUAUUCAAAUUGGCAUAUUUUGAGGUGAAGUAUCAGUUUUACAGCAGAGACAAACUCAUGUGGGAGGUCAUCAGCCACUACACUGAACAGUUCCUGAAGCAGAUGUACGUUCUGGUUUUGGGUCUGGACGUUUUGGGAAAUCCUUUUGGACUGAUCCGGGGUCUGUCUGAGGGGGUGGAGGCCUUCUUCUAUGAGCCAUUUCAGGGAGCAGUUCAAGGUCCAGAGGAGUUUGCUGAAGGUUUUGUGAUUGGAGUGCGCAGUCUGCUGGGACACACUGUUGGUGGCGCUGCAGGGAUGGUGUCUAAGAUCACAGGCUCGGUGGGGAAGGGUCUGGCUGCGAUCACAAUGGACAAAGAAUAUCAACAGAAACGCAGAGAAGAGAUGAACCGACCACCCAAAGACUUCGGAGAGAGUUUAGCCAAAGGAGGAAAAGGACUGCUCAAGGGUGUCGUGGGAGGAGUUACUGGCAUCGUCACGAAACCCAUGGAAGGGGCGAAGAAGGAGGGCGCUGCUGGGUUCUUUAAGGGAAUUGGUAAAGGUCUGGUGGGAGUGGUGGCCCGACCCACUGGAGGCAUCGUGGACAUGGCCAGCAGCACGUUCCAGGGCAUCCAAAGAGCUGCAGAGUCGACGGAGGAGGUGACCAAACUGCGCCCGGUGCGUCUGAUCAGAGAAGAUGGGAUCAUUCGACCUUAUGACCUCUCUGAGUCCAAAGGUUAUGACCUCUUCCAGCGCUCUGAGAUUAAACAGUUGGAGGGAGAAGUGUUCAGAGACCUGAGUCCUUACCCCGGACACAGGAAGACCAACAUCAUCGUCACCAACAGGCGUGUGGUGUGUGUGAAGGAGCUGGACUUUGUCAAUCACUUUAACAAAGAGUGGGAAUGUCUCUAUGAGAACUUCUAUAGACUUCCAGAAGUGAGAGGAAGUGACCUCAAGAUCUACUGUAAGGAGCCAAUGAAGAUAAAGCUCCCAAAGAAGGACGGCCAGGACCCAGCAAGAACUGUCCAGCUCAAAGACCCACUAGUGGCACAGAAGUUACAUGCUUCUAUCUGUGAUGGUCAGAUGGCUCAGCAGCAGCACCGAAUGUCCCGCCAACUGUCCACGCGCUUCCUAAAGCCCGCCCACAAGCAGUGACCUCACUUCCUCUUCCUGUUUCACACUGGUUACAUUUUUAAGGUCCAUCUUAAUGUGCUGUCUGUGCAAGCAAGUUUUCGACUGCUUUAAAAAUACAAAUGCUGCCUGUUCAACAAAUGCACUAUUAAUGAAUUACAACAAAAAAAUAAUAAUUACUCAACAAACAAAUGCAAUAAUUACUUAAAUUAAGUCAGAAAUAUCAAAAAGACCGCUGUAAAUGUUUUGUAUGACCAAAAAUUUUGAUGUAAAAUAGAGAAUGAAUCCAUUAUGUCCUACAGGAAACAAUACCGUCCACAGUCAAAACAAUUUAAAGAUGCACUAUGUAACUUUUCAGGUAGAGGGUCUGCCACCUGCUUGUUUCCAUGGUGAUGUGGUUACACAUUUAUACCAGGUCUACUGCAGUCUGAAAUGCAAAAUGUCAUGUUGAAUCUGAUUAAAUAUGUGUAUGUAUAAUGAUAUUAAAAUAGUUGGGUAUAAUUGAAAAUGCCAAAGCAAAGUGUUUUCCCAAUGAGGCUGGAGAACUGAACACUGUAAUGCACUUUUGUAGUAGCAGCACAAGUGUCACAUUUACUACGAGCUGAUUCAAAUGUUUAGUACUUUAAAACCAAGCAAAUAGCCAAUUGUAACAAAUUAACUGUAAAUUGUGACUGGGCAUUUGUGUAAGCCAGAACAACACAGUGUUUCCCAUUCACAUUGCAUCAAAAUGUCAUGGCUAUAACCCAAAAAAUAUUGUAAUUUUUUUUCCAACUAAAGUCCAAAUAAUAAUAAUAUUAUUGCACUAUUCUUCUGCCAGUUUCUGAAACUGUUUAACUACAUUUACCAUUGUUUCCAUUUUUUUCAUUUUAAUUUUAAAUCUUUUAUGUUUAAAUGUUUUACUUUUAUUGUAUUUUUUAUAUUAGCCACUAGCAGCAGUUUAUGGAGUUCAGGGUUUUCUAUUCAUGGGCUUCAAACAAUUCCUGGUUUGAAGGACUAGAUAUAUGGGGUUUUAAAAUGUAUAUAGAUAGCUUAUAAUGGCACAUAGUUAACAUGUCCAAUAGGAAAACUGACUCAAUUUCUCUUGUCUCAGGAUAGUUAUCCAUUUGUCCAUUAAACGUGUAUUUUUGUUUUUAUUUUCAUUAUAAAUUGCACUAAAAUAUAAAGAUAAAGCCUUGCAACUACUAUGCAAUGAUGCUACUUGCAUUAAACAAUAGUAAUAGUGUAUUAAAGGUUCCAUAUUACACAAAAUUGACCCUUGUGAGCUUUAAGCCAUGUUAGAAUGCUGUUACCUCCAAAAACAUACCUGGUAUUUAAGUAAUCUUUCAUUAUUAGUCUGCCCACAUCUUCAGAGCUCAAAAUUCUCUGUUCCACCUUGUGUUGUUUUAAAUUUUCAGCUAGUUUGUGUGUUAAACAUGUGUGAAUGAAACAAAACACAACUUCAGGUAUGUUUGUGAUGAGGAAAUAGCAUUAUAACACAGAUCACAAUAUUGUGUCAUGUGGGCCCUUUGAUAAUGUUUAUGCUUUGAGCGCUUUGUAACUGCUGUCUGACUAGUGUAAGGAGGAUUUUUUGGGGGGUUUAAAAUGUGUAUGUGAAGAAUACACCAGCUGGAAAGAAAUGUACUGAUUUGGUUAUAAAAGAUAUAUAUCCAU